AUGUUAGACCAGUUGAAACUAAAACAAAUUGGUGGUCUCAAAACUGAAACAAUUAUUCGUCUAAGUCGAUUUGUUAUGCAAAAUAACUACUUCUCAUAUGAUGAUCAAUAUUAUCAUCAAGUAAGAGGAGGAGCAAUGGGUUCUCCUCUUACUCUAACUAUUUCCAAUUGCUAUAUGUACUUCUUUGAAAGACAAAUAGUUAAUCAAAUUCGAAAUAGUGGUGGACUAUAUUUCCGAUAUAUUGAUGAUAUAUUUAUAAUAACCAACUGGCCUGGUGGACAUCUACUUAAAGAAGUAGAUAGAUGGAAUAAAUUCGAUGAAAAUAUUAAGCUAUCUGCAAGCAUUGGCCCAACUGUCAACUUUCUCGAUUUACAGAUAGAAAAUAAAGAUGGCCAACUAUUGACAACAGUUUAUCAAAAACCAUCCUACGAACCAUAUUACUUGCCAUUUAAUAGUAUUCAUCCCUUGCAUAUGAAAAAGAAUAUUCCAUUUGCCAUGCUACUACGAGCUAUUCGAUACUGUUCAACAUUUGAAUCAUAUCUAAAUGAACGUGAGAAAUUAAGAAUGGCCCUAUUAUUGAAUAAAUAUCCAAAUAAAACAGUCGAUGAACAAUUCAAUAAUAUGUUAUUAAAAUUCAACAUCAAUGAACCAUUGACCUUUAAUAAUUAUGUAAGAUACCGUCAAAUAGUUAUAAACUCUCCUAUUAAAGAGAAACUAGUGGUAAAUUAUGAGAAAUCAAUUUUUGUCCAUUUUACCUAA